AUGCCUUCCCUAGACCCUGAGCGCCAGAGUCGCAUCCUCGUCACUGGCGCCAAUGGCUUCAUUGGCAACCAUAUCAUCAAAUUGCUUCUGGAGAAGACGCAGCAUCAGGUGCAUGCAGUAGUCCGAACUCCGGAGAAGUCUCUCGCCUUACAGAAGGUCCACGGUCACAGUCCGCGGCUUACGGUGCACAUCGUCCCAGACAUCACAGCACCGGACGCCUUCGUUCAACCAGCGCAACUCUGCCAUGCCAUUGUUCAUCUCGCGUCGCCAUUUAUCGCUUCAAGUUCGAAUAUUGAAGAAGACCUGUUGAUACCCUCCAUAAGAGGAGUCCAGGCCAUCUGCCACGCAGCUGAUGCCAAUGAGACUGUGAAGAGACUUGUCUACUGUAGCAGCUUCGCGGCAGUUUUCAAUCCAGCUCCAGAGGGGUCGUCACCGAGCAAGGUCUAUACGGAGGAAGACUGGAAUCCAACCACGUACGAUCAAGCAAAAAAUGCACCAGCGUUGAUUUACGCCUACCAGGCGAGCAAAGCCUUCGCUGAACAAGAAGCUUGGAAUCUAUCGAAAGAACAGAACAGAUGGGACAUGGUUUCGCUCUGCCCGGGGGUUGUGUUUGGUCCUCCAGUCGAAGGCACCAUUUCAACCGUGACGGAGCUUGGGCAAAGCAACGGCAUCAUUUGGGGUUUAUUCGACCAGGAGACUGUUCCAGAAACGAAGGUGCCUGUUUGGACAUCCGUGGCUUCACUCGCCGAAGCUAACAUAUCUGCUUUGACAACCCCCGACGCUGGCGGAGAACGUUUCUUGCUCGUGAAUGGCAGCUACGAAAACCAGGAGUUAUGUGACUUGAUUCGAGCCUCGAAUGUAAAUCACACUACAAAAGAUCGCCUUCCUAAGGGCGACCCUGGCCAUCGCACCCACGAACUUUGGCGGGCAGAUGGUAGCAAGGCCGCUCAGUACCUGAGUUUCUCCCAGCCUACUCUCGAAGAGACAAUACUUCCGCUGAAGGAUUAUCUCUUGCGAUUGGAAGCUGAUAAAGCCGGGAUCCCCUCCCAGAACUCCAAGAGCUCCGUCCCUUCCAGCGCAACCCUUAUGGGCUUGGGCUCUUUUGCCAGUGCUUGUAAAGCAGCCGCGACGAAAUGUCCAGUCGCCGACGUAUCAGUAAUUGCGCACGAGGGAACACCAGUUGGUCGGGAGGAAGUCCACGACGGCGUGAACCUGUACAUCACCGGCAACGCUUCCGGCACUGCCGUUCUCUACCUCACGGACGUUUUUGGCAUCAAUUUGACCCAGAACCGACUUUUGGCAGAUAGCUUUGGCCGUGCGGGCUUCCUGACCGUGGCCCCAGAUCUGUUCAAUGGCACACCUUCGCCAAUGGACCUUAACGAGCCUGGCUUCAACAUCACCGACUUUCUAGCUAAACACGGACCGGAGGCAACUGACCCUCUGAUCGACGUCGCGGUCAAGUAUCUGAAAGGGACACCGGGUGUGUCAAAGAUUGGAGUGACUGGGUACUGCUUCGGUGGGCGCUAUGCCUUCCGCUACGUAGCAGCGGGCAAGGGCGGCGACGCUGCCUUCGCGGCGCACCCGUCUCUUCUGGAGGACGCCGAAAUCUCGGCCAUUGCGGGUCCAGUUGCGGUAGCCGCCGCCGAGACCGACAGCUCCAUGCCGCCGGAGCGGAGGCACAACAUCACAGCGCUGCUGGGCCAGACGGGCAAGCCAUACAACGUCGCGCUGUACAGUGGAACAGAGCACGGCUUCGGUGUUAGGGCCAACGUAAGCGACCCCGAGCAGAAGUAUGGCAAAGAAAGCGCUUUCUUCCAAGCUGUGAGAUGGUUUGAGAACUGGGUCUGA